CCUUUUCAGGACAGCCAACGAAGUGAGUAUUUUGUUAUUUUAGUUUAUACAAAAUGAUUCCUUACCAGACCUACCUAAAAAUGAUGCGUAGACAGGUAUCAAACUCCGAGAACAAGCAAUAAACCCACAAUAACAUACUACCAUAAUGAAGCAAAAGACCAAAUUCUUUAACAUAACAUACGACAAUUUAAGAUUGAACGUACUUAAACUGAUGACCGAAAUUCGUGUGCGUGACAAUUUGAAGUAGAAGAGUUUAAGUUGUUUUUUCCAUUAUAAUUUUUAUUGGCUUGUGUGCUUUUUUGUGGCCCGAUAUCUUGGUGCCACUUAAGUUGGACGACGUCGACGGGUUCACCACUUUAGUGGUCCUAAAUCUGACUCCAGUAAUAUUGCAUGACUCACUGUUCUUGAAAUAUACCUAUUUUGGCUACUCUCGUAUAUAAUUAUCGAAUUAAUCCGCAUUAGUGAAUAACGGAAUUAAAUAAGUCAAAUGCGAGAAUGAAUUUUUGAAUAUGCAUAUUUUGUAAAAUUGUUGGUGGAGACAAACGAUCAAAGAAACAAAGCGAAGAUAAGGGAGCGAAAUGAAAUGACGCGCGGCAGAGAUGGUAUGUAAGCCAACUCAAUUAAACCAAGUGUGAAUUGAUAUCUAUAGUCAGAUAAAAAUCAGUUACGGGCAUAUGAUGAAUAGAAUAAGAAGUGCACAUACAUAUGGUCAUAUAAAAACAGUCAAAGUUGACAAGCGAAUAAUUAACAAAGUCAAAAUGUGAUUCAAGAAGAAUGAAUAAACUGGUCUGUCAGGAAGCUAGAAGAAGUUGUGUGGGCUUGCAUAGCACUACAGCUUUACAAAAAAUCGUGAACCUAAGUCAGAAUUGUCCCGAAUAGCACUGAAAUAACGCUAUAUUUAUCAUGGACUCUGGUUAACUCUUAGAUAUAAGCAAUACGAAACGAAGAGUUUCAUCCUGACGAUUGAUCGUCUACUUUCCGAUAUUUAGACAAUUAAUUCAUGGCAAUCAAAAAUCACAUCACUUUUGGAUAAGAUCAAAAGUGUAUUCGAUAAUCUCACAUAAUUUACACACUUGUAAUCUUAUUGAAAUGUAGAAUAAAGUCACUGAAACUUAAUUUGUCUCCAUUAUUAAAUGAUUCAUUGUAUACUAUAGCACCCAUUACUUAGCCGUAUAUAACAAAGCAAAAGGUGAACUUCUAUAUUACUGAUUGUUACCUUAAGGCGUUGGUUGAUUGUUGAAUUGCUCUUUUUGCCUUGUUUCUACUGGCUUGUUCAGUUCUCUCUCUGAUGAAUAUUAGAUAUUAGUUAAUUUUUUUUAAUCUCAACUUGUAUGUAUUGUCAGAUUUCAUAAGACACAUUUAUGGAUCAAAUGUUUGUUUAAAAUAAGAAACUAAUGUAUUAUAAUUUAAAAUUUGUGCUAGAAUUUUAUCAGUUCUUAGACUAACUUGAAAACUGAUUUCUGAUAACUCUUUUAGAACAAAUGUUUUGUGGCUAGCAGCAGGAUCCAGGAUGAGGAAUUAUUCUUAUUUGGGACUCGUUAGCCGAAUGUACCUGGAUCCACGUGUUUAUGUUUAAAUUUUGACCUAUUACAUUUUUAUUCCAAAUCUAACGAAAUAUUUACUAAGCUGCUGGGUUCAGACAGACACUAACUUGUCCAAUUUCUCAAACGUUCUUCACUUAUAUUUUUUCAUUUAUUGUAUUAGAAAAUAAUAUGUAAAAUAAAGCGGGAAAAAAGGAAAAGUGAAAAGUUGUUCUUAUUUGUUUGUCGCAUGUAGCAUGCUAAUCUGUUGAUUUAUUUUAUUUUCAGUUUAUCUUAGCCAUUGGUCUGUUUUAAUAGAUAUAAUUGCUUUGUGGUGUCUUCAUAAACUGAGUUGGUUGCCAUAUGUGUUACGUAUGAAUAACCAUGACCUACCUCGAAUAGCUAUGUUAGCUUGUAUAGGAGUAAGUUGAGAGAGAGAGAGCCGGGGAGGGGGCGGCAAAAUGAAGGCGUGCUAUCGAUUCAUGAAGACAUUGACUACUGGUAUGAGGCCUUCAGGUAAAUGGAGAUUGCCUGAUUUGUAUCUGUGCAAAUAAUGGUAGAAGGCACUGAAUAAAACAGCUCAGAAUCAGUCACAAUAACGUAGAUGCAUUCACUCGUUAUCCCACCCUAGAUCUUGAGCUCUGGUUUUCUUUCAUAUAUACCUUCUCUUAUGACUUCUUAAAUCAUAUUCUAAAUGCUUGGCCUUUCUCAUCAUCAUUGACACAACACAUUCCUAUUUACUUAGUAUUCCACUUUGUGACCUAAUGUAGUAUAGCAGCUUAGCCCCGACGAUGAUUGUGACUAACUAAUGUGUAAGACUGAGUUAUAGUGGUAUUUCAAGAAUAUAGAGAAUGUAUUCUAUGGUUAUAUUUUAAGUUUAUUAUCCAUAAAAUUCUUUACAUGAUUAAACUCAAAGUUGGUAAAUUGCUUGCUGAUGGGAUGCCUAUACUCCUCCACGAGGGGUAACAGGCGUAAGUAAGUAGUAAAUUUCUUAAGUCAAUAAGAUCAGUUGAUAGGGUACUUGUUUUGAAUGACGAAAAUCUAUUAAACAAAGUUCAUUGGAAUUUCACAAUCCACGCGUUAUCUCUUUUUCAGUCUAUCCACUAGAUCAUUUGAUCAGUAUCGAUAUUCUCAUAAACAUCACAUAUUUACUGAAAAGUCAGUUCGAUAGGUCUAUUUCAGUAAGCUCAUUUUCGUAAAUGGCUGUACAAAAAAAUGGAAAAAUGCAUCCAUAGCUUUCUAAUGACUGGCUUUAACCAGAAAAAACAACGCACAUUUCCCAUCUUAUAAUUCAAAAAUAGGAGGAAUAGUUUGUUUCAUCUUUUUGAAUGGAUGUCAUUCAACUGCUAAUUUGAAUACAUAUUUAACAAGUCACAUGUCUGUCAUUGUGCAAUAAUUAAAUAUACAAGGCUUUAGACGGUUGACAAGAGUUUAGUAAAGCGACGUUGACCGGUUUCAUCUUUAUCAAAUUUAUGAAUUUAUUAUGUUAUAGGUGGAGAUAAACUGGUGAAUUUAAGUUUCAUGCUUCUUGGAGCACCAGGGUUUUCGUAUACGUGGAUGACAUAUUAAGGUUGCAGUUGGCUCAUUUAUCGCCGAGAUGUUUGGGAUGCGACAGACCGGUUUUAUGAAUUUAUUUAUUUAUAUUUAUUUAUAUUUGAACUUGUUGAGGACGAAUCAUGAAAUCGGCCUUACUGGUGACUAGAAUAGAUACAAACCCUCGCAUUCUCAAUUUUCUUGCCGGCUGUUUCUGCUUGUAAAAGAAAAAACAGUACUAAAUAGAGUAAUCAAAUCAUGUCGCGUAACCUUCAAUUGUCACUUACAGUUUACUGAUAAAAUAGAAUACACUAAUCGGUGGCCGAUUUAUUUACGUAGUGUGGUAUCACAAAAUAUAGUUCUCAGGCAGAAUUAGUUGGUGACAAAUUCUUUAAUGACAAGUCAUUAGUUCUAAACUGCCUAGGAAGGUCCGCUUUGGUAAUAAAAAUAAAGUGAUGGAAAAUAUUAAUGCUGGACUCUAUCUCGACACCCCAAAUGUAAAUCAGUUGUCAGUGUGGGACUAAAAGCGCUGAACUAAUGUUAAAGCCUUGAAAAUUUGUGUAGUACUCUGUGAAGAAAAAUUAUCAAGUGAAACUCUACCUCACUACUUCAAUACUUCUUGAAAAGAUGAUUCAUAUUCUCCGUCAUGGGUUGUUGAAUUACGACUUUGUAGAAAGUUUGCUCGUCGUAACACAUGCCUACAAAAGAUUUGAAUAAUGGCAACUCAGGUUGGUAGAAAAGAAAUAUCUUCUGUUACUAUAUCUCUGGUUUGUAAAUUAGGCCCCAUUUUCUCAAAAUUUCGUCCCAGAGUUUUUACUGACCAUCGAAAGCCAUUAAGUGAUGAUACCUGCCUUAAGGACACCCUUGUAAUAAAACAUUUGGUUUAUUUGAGAUCUAAAUAAACUUUAACUGAAAUUCAAUAGAUUCGUUCGGCAAAUGAAUGUUUGUGGAUUUUUUUAAAAGUUAUUCGACAGUGAGUCUCAGACCAAGGUUUCUUGUUUGGUAUGGCCAAUCAUUAAGAAUAAUCAGUAACCAUGCACAAACUUUCUGUUUCCGUGAUUCAAACCCUGUUUUACAUUUCAUGCAGUCAAAUACAUUGUUGUAAAAGUACUCCUAUAAAUUGGACACUUAUUAUUUUACGAUUUCUAAUCAACACAAAAUUCUUCCUUUAUAUCUAUCUUUGUCAAUAUCUAUAAUAUUCCUUGAUUUAACUUCAAAGCCAUUCUCUCCCACAUUUAAACUCUUGUAUAUAUUUCUAAUUAUUUUGCGAUACGUUAAAAUCUGGGUAAAUGUCCUAUUGAUUAAUUCACAUUUUUUGUGCACGUAUUUAUCUAUACAAAUACAUAUAUAUAUUUAGAUCACAAUUAUCCUUUAUCCUUCUUUAUGUAUACAGGUAGAAGAAACUUCAUUGAUUAUUUUGUGUAAUUGUAUGUAUGUGCAUAUCUGCAUAAAAGUAUUCCUGUAAUAACCAUUAUUAAACACUAGAAUUUUCGAACAAUUUUAUUGACCAUUUUAACUAUAUAUAUGUGCGUGCAAAGGGUCACGUGUAUUGUAUGUUUAUCUCCUAAUAUGUGUAUCACAUAUUCAUUGGAAAGCAGAUUUGAUAAUAAGAAAUACGAUGAAAAAAAUAGUGGGAAAAUAUUUCCCUUUAAACUUUAGGUAAUUGAGUAGCAUUUAGUUGUCUAAUGAAAACUUUCCUGAUAACACUAUUUCAUUAUCUUCAUAAGUAACUGUAUAGCUAAUCUAAUGAUAUUUGAAAUAUAUAUUUCCUUCAUUAACAAGGCAACUAAAUGAAUGAUUGCGAAAUACCUCGAAUUGAGUGAAUUUCAACUUAUACACUAAUGAAUUUCAACUCAGUGAUCUAGAGAUUAAAUACUCACAUAUCAGACUAAAAUUCUUCUCUUCAAUCUCCAGUGGAUUCGUGAAUGAACACUCCUGAGAGUUCAAGACGUUCCAGUGAAAGUACUAGUUCAGUUGAUAGUGAAGUAAUUUUAGAAGCUGAACGUUUAGAAUUAGAACGUUUAGCUUUAAAAGAACUUGAAUUAGCAGUUUCUAAACCUGUAGCUUUUUCAGUUAGAACUAAUAUAAGUUUUGAUGGAGCCUUAUAUGGUUUGGAUGCACCAUCACCGACUAGAGUUAUUAGUUUUGGUAUAAAAGAUUUUCUACAUAUUAAAAAACGUUUCAAUCAAGAUUGGUGGAUUGGUCGUGUAGUUCGAAUAGGUAGUCCAAUUGGUUUUAUACCUAGUCCAUCUAAACUUGAAGUAAUCAAUAAUAUUAUUUUAUCGGCCAUUACCACUGCUGCUAAUACUAAUGUGGUACACUUUGCCAAUGAAAUUCAAAAUCCGACAACUAAACCAGCUCCUGUUGGUGGAUUCGGAUCUGCAGACACAACGUUAGAACGCGGAGGAAAUCGUGGGUUGUUGUUGUCUAGCGAUGUAGAUCAUCGUGGACCAACUUUGAGUGCUAAUCGUCAAAGGCAAUCGGAAUCACCUCCAGUUCAUAAAAAUUGGAAAGAUGUUGAUGCAUAUGAUGAAGAUGAUUUACGUGAUACACCACAAACUGUAGAGGUACCAGGACAACCAACUACCAAGAAACCCCAACCUGUUGGGCCUGGAGUUAAGAAGAGACCAUUCUCUAAAAAGAAUGAAUUUGUACCUCCAUAUGAAAUUGUACCAUGUAUGCGCCCUGUUGUAUUUGUUGGUCCAGCUUUGAAAGGUUAUGAAGUGACAGAUAUGAUGCAGAAAGCAAUAUUUGAUGCAAUGAAAAAACAUUUUGAUGGAAGAAUUAUUGUUAGUCGUGUCAGUACAAAUAUAUCAUUGGCUAAACGUGUUGGUGAAUUAUUACAUUUGGAUAAAAAGAAUAUUUUAGAAAAAGGACGAAGUCGACAGCUUGUUUCUCUAAUUGAAGUUCAACAGGAUUUAGAAAGAAUAUUUCAUUUGGGUAGUAAAAUGCAAUUACUUUUAUUAGAUUGUGAUACAAUUAAUCAUCCAAAUCAAAUUACUAAAACAUGUUUAGCACCUAUUGUAAUUUAUAUCAAAAUUACUAGUAUACGUGUAUUAAAUCGUUUAAUUAAAAAUCGUGGUAAAUUACAAAAAAAGAAUGCUGGUGUACAAACAGCUGCCGCUGAAAAACUAUUACAAUGUUCACCAGAAUCAUUCGAUUACGUAAUAGAUCAAAAUAAUUUAACCACUGCAACAGAAGCACUAAGUCAUUUCUUAGAAGGUUAUUGGGCAGCAACACAUCCUCCUUUAAUAGUUAGUAAAGCUGAACGUCUUCUUGGCUCUUUUUCUGCUCCAGUGCCUGAAACGAAAGAAGUUGAUUCAGAUCGUCCACUUGUACCUAUGACACCUGGUCAUCCAGGGCUGAGUGUAGUUACCAAAUCUGCAUUAAGUGCAGGAUUUACUAGUCAAGAAAUUAGUGAAUUAACCGGAGCAAGAGCAACUGGUUGGUUAACAGAAAAUGGUGGACAAGUAGAAAAUGAACUUGGACUUACUGGUGUACAUCAUGCUGGUAGCGUUGGUAGUGAAUUUCAUAAUACACAUUUUGGCGGAAGAAAACUUAAAACUGAUCAUAAUAAUAGUCCUGAUGGUCUUAACACAACACAUUAUUCAGAUGAUGAAAAUGAAGGUUCACGUUCAAAUUAUCCUCGUAAUGGUCGAUUACAUAUGGGUGCUGCAAGUGCGGCGGCAAUUGCUGCUGUUGCCGCUGGACUUACACCUAAAGUUCACUCGUUACAUCCAUCAUUAUUUCAAGGUGAAGAUAAACGAAAUGGUUCAGUAAUUCGUGAUAUAAAUGGCAAUACUACACAUGAAUCACCUGGUUUAACUAUGGGUUUAGGAUUGGGUAUAGCGAAUGGGGUUGCAGCUACUAUCAGUGCUGCUCUGUUUCCGAGUCAUAAUAGUACUAAUCAUCAUCAGCAUCAUUCAGCAGAGAACUAUCAUCAACCAAUAUCAAGAAUACCACCUCCAACAAUUGCUGCCGCAGCUGUAGCUUCGGUAGUUUCGCCACCGUUAAAAGACUUGGGUAUUCAUCAAGUGGAAGGAAGUGAUGGAACACAAGUCUAUCAAAGUAGAUCAGCUCGUCAAGCAAAACAACGUGAAGAACAAUUAGCACGAGUAAAACAAGAGGUUGAAGCUAAAGCUUUAGCAUUACAAGCUACUGCAGGUGGUAGACGAAGACGUCGAGAUAAAGAAAGAAGACAAAGAAAUCCUGAUGGUUAUUGGGAUUCUCAUGAUGAACGUUAUCAAGCUCAUGGAACAAAUGAUUUAUCACAACAUUCUCAUCAAUGGAAUGGACCACCUGUUCGAUCUAUGGCAAGAGCAUGUCCACCUGAUGAUUGACUGACUGAUUAUUUAUAUACUUAUUUCAAUAAACAAAUAACUUCAAUAAUUGAUUCCUGCCUUUUUUUGGUAGUAACUUUUCUAUUUUACUCACUGCUCAUUUACAAGAAGUGUAUCUGUAUACAAUUUAAAUCAAAAGUCAAUUCAGUGAUUCUGCAAAUAUAUUUAAAAUGUGAAAAACUUGUUUAGAAUAUAUAUCCA